GCGCCCCAAGUACUAUUGUUCAUCCACAGCACAGAUACGUUGGGCCAUUCGGCCAUUCGGUGAAGUUUGCUCAUAGAUAAGAAGUACUUCAAACUCCCGCAUCUAGAAAACGGCGCUGUUUCUCACGAUGACGCGUUACCAUAUAGCCAUACAGCCAUAUAGCUUAUUAUUUGACUCCUCCUACAUUCCCUCGCCUGUUUUAGUUGUCCGGAAGUGUUACGCCUUUAAUGAAAAGGCUUUGUGAGUGUAUCCUUCCCCAAGCAUCAAAAUUUGACACCUAUUUGUGGCUAUUCUUUUUACUAGUUAGAAGAUUAAUUGGCAUUAAAACUUCCUGCUAUAGAAGCAAAGAAAGUCAAGCUUUUUGGUUCUAUUUGUGUUCAUUUUGCUGUGUACCUUUGUACCAAGUUAAAUUCAGUAAUUGAAUGUUGUUGUUGUAGUAUUGCCAAGGUCUUAGUUCAUGUUCAAGCUUGUUUCAUCUUUUUACAAUCUUAGCCUUAUGAUUUUUCGGUGACCAAAGUGAGUAAAAUGAGUGAACCAGAUUGUAAAAGGAGAAAGUACCGGACUGAACACAAUGCUAAUCCUGGACCUGGACCACCUGUGCUUGGUGAAAUGAAUUAUGAAGAAGUUUCUCAUGAUCAACUAAAUGAACAAGAUGAGUGGAAAAGAUUUCAUACAAGUGUUGAGAACUUAAAUGAGUGUUUAGUUACCCGGUGUGUUUGCCCUUGGAAUUUUGACGAUUACCAAAACAUCUUCAUUUACUCAGGAAACAAGUGCUCUGACACAGAGAACCAAAGUGAAAUACUUCUUUUUUGUUCUUUAAUCCAGCUCUUAUGUGAAGAAAUUGCUAGACAAAACAGUGUUAUCAUAAGAAGUGGUAGAUUUUGCCUAACUCUUAAAAGAUUGAGAGUUCUCCUAUUCCACCUCAAUAGUGUAUCAGAUCCCACAUGCCUACUUCAAUGUUUCCUCCGGUCUUCAAACCAGUUUGUUAGUUUUGCAGCUGCUAGAGCUUUAUCAGCAUGGUUAAAAGCAGCUGAUGAAGGGGCAUGUAAGGUGCUGUUAGAUCGUCUACUUGAUAACAUAGUUAGUCCUUUAGCAACUUCAUUGAGCACACUCAAUACUUCAGGAGCACAUGGCCCUCUACCUCAUACUGUGUCCAAUUUACUGGAUGUUUUGAAAAGUUGCAUUGAAGCACCAGACAUUGAACCUCAUCCUACUGAAGGAGCCACUGAAGAUGAAAGUGAAGAUUCUUCUUAUGAUCUGCAAGAACGAUCAACGAAUGUUAAAUUUGUCUGUCAUGGCUUAUUGGAUACUGAAGAAGCUUCUGAAGAUUCACUGGGAGUUGAUCAGGCUGAUCUAGAAUGUCCGGACUCUGAAUCGAAGGAUUUGAAGGGAAGCGUUAUUCGAGCUCUGGGCAAGCACUGGAAUGUAAUCGUGACCUAUUUCCACGCAGCUUUGACCCUUGCACAAUCGGCUACCAGUUUACACUCAGAAGAUAUUUUUCCUUUGGUAUCCUUUCUCUCGUUGUGGCAGUCAACUAUUUCUGUUAAAGCGAAUGUUUCCGUGUUGGACUCAAAACCGUUUUACUCUCGAAUGGAAGCGUUGCUGCCGAUCAUGACGCCUUCGCUUGACCCCAUCAUUUGGCGUGAAAUGAUCAAUCUCUUUAACGAAGUGCUCUGCUAUGGGUCAACCCUCGCUCUUCAGGAUUUUCUACCUGACGAACCUUGCAAUUUGGCUCAUUUAGUUAUCCGACAUGUACGGGUCGAGAGAUUACUUGAUCGAGCUCCAUUUCAAACCGCCCAGAAUUGUACAUCCAACCGAUCCUUGAUGCAGAAACUCGUACUUUUGGUCUUAAAAGCCGUUGCCGUUACAGUAAAAGAGACUCGAUCGGAGAGUUCAAGCCUUGAAUCUGAAUCGAAUUCCGAAUCAGGGCAUUCUGACCCCCUCCGUUCCGAGGACUCUGAAGACUUGCACGCAGAUAUGACCGUAAUUUUACGUAGCAUCAAACAAGUAUUUCGUAUAGUGGAUGUCAGAAUCAAAGCCUGGCUCCCCUUUCACCCUGAGACGACAUUAAGUGAAUGGAUGGUGAAAAUGUUUCAUGAUCAAGACGAUUCCCUUAUCGAAACAAUGUUGUGCAGUCUCGACAUCAAUAAUGGAUUGUAUAGCAAUUGCCGUGGACUAAAUGCAACUUCAAACUCCCUUCAAACAGGAUUGUUGGAUUUGAAAGGAACUUUAAAUCCAGUCCAAACGUGGUUGAAAUUUUUGGAAACUGUAUCUUACGAUACGGACGUCUUAUUGGAUUUGUUGGUCUCGAACGAGACGUGCUUCCUGCUAUACCUCUUACGCCUUCUUAAAUUCAUUCGACGGAACUGGGAAGACUUUCUUUCAGUUCUUACGCAUCGCCAAUUAGAAGAUGUUAUGACUUGCUUCAUUCGCUUACGGAUAGCCAUCCGUCGAUUAGUUGCCAAGAAUCUGUUUCCUUACAACAUUGGACCAAUUGUGAAAUUACUUGAAAAAUGCGAAGAGCUUUAUGAAGGGAAAGAGAACUAAUACUAAUUUUGACAGCUCAUUUUUAUCUUUACCGAGAAUUAAGUACGGAUUUUUUGUAAUACCAGCCAGUGCUAUAUGAAAACACAUCGCCAUUCGGAAUUUAUUAGAUUGCUCAGAUUUGUGGGUUUUUAACCCUUGUUUCGUGGACUGUCUGGCAAUGAGUUGGCUGGGGCUUCCAUACACUUAUAUGCGACAUUUGGUAUUCAUCCUUGAUGUGUCUUGUAUUUCCCCUUAAUUUUGCUUAUUGUAAAUAGAAAAUGGUUUUUUAAAUGUC